ACACACUUUUACACCAACACGCACCACGACACACACUCCUCACACACAUUCAUAUACACACAGAUACACCAAAAGAGUGGUCGUGUGCUAUUAUAAAGAAAUAAAAAAACCUACAAGUUUGUUGACUAAUCUUUUUACCGCGUAUGAUUUUGUGUACAUCCUUCUAGUACCAUUUCUAAAGUGAAGACAAGCGAAGAGUGUCAAAGAGGUGUGCCGCUCUUGAACGCUCAACGUUUCGGAAACCAUGGAGGUAGACUCAAGGGGGAACAACAGAGUCGUUGGUGAUUCCUUACCGAAGGACGAGCACGGUGACGUCACGCCAGGAACACAGUCCGAGAAAACAGAACAGCACCCAAUGUCUGAGAGUAAAGCAGAUGAAAAGACAGGGACAGUGUUUAACGUCUCUGGUGAUCACAGCUCUGUAACAACUUCUCAUGGUAAUGUUGUCAGUAAAUCAGACAUGCCCGGUGAGAACGGGGCUCACACAUCAUCUUCAUCUACAAUACCCUCGUUACAAAAGUCGACGUCAUUGCUACACCCGCCGCCACCUCAGAUGACCACAUACGUCUGGUUACUCUGCAUCUUCGCUGCUAUCGGCGGAUUCCUUUUUGGCUACGACACGGGAGUCGUUUCCGGCGCCAUGCUGCUUCUCCAGGACGAGUUCAAACUCAGUUACUUCUGGCAGGAGGUUGUGGUCAGUGUCACCAUCGGCGGAGCGUUCGUGUCGUCACUAGCUGGCGGGUUCCUGAACGACAGGUUUGGGCGGAAAGCUGUGACAAUUGCAGCCAGCUCCAUCUUCACAGUAGGGACUUUGGUAUUAGGCGUAGCGCAGAACUUAGAAAUGUUGGUGGCAGGCCGGCUUGUUUUGGGUGUUGGGAUAGGUUUUGCAUCAAUGACGGUUCCCGUGUACAUCGCCGAGUGUGCGCCAGCUGAGCUCCGUGGUCGGCUGGUGACGGUCAACAACUUGUUCAUCACUGGUGGUCAGUUCGUGGCCAGUCUGAUGGAUGGGGCUCUCAGCUAUGUGCAGCCAGAUGGAUGGAGAUAUAUGCUUGGCAUCGCAGGCAUUCCUUCCAUCAUCCAAUUCUUUGGCUUCUUCUUCUUGCCCGAGAGUCCCCGUUGGCUGAUGAAGAAAGGACGCCAGGUGGAGGCGAGGAAAGUUCUAGAAAAGCUCCGGGGCGGCAAGGACGUAGACCAGGAACUGAGUGAGAUGAGAGCUGAUUUUGAUGCAGAAGAGUCCAACAAGAAUAAAGAUGGUGUGACCAUCAUACGAAUUCUGAAGACGCCCCCUGUUCGCAGAGCUCUGCUGGUGGGAUGUGCCUUGCAGCUGUUCCAGCAAUUGUCCGGCAUCAACACUGUUAUGUACUAUAGCGCUUCCAUUAUCCGUAUGGCAGGCGUGGGUGACCAACACAUGGCUAUCUGGCUGUCAGCUCUGACGUCAUCCAUGAACUUCCUGUUCACUCUGGUGGGUGUGUGGCUGGUGGAACGUAUUGGUCGGAAGAAACUCCUUAUGGGCAGUCUGUUUGGUAAGGAAUGGGACCAAUGCCAUGGACCAUUAACUCCGAGAUCCACCCCCUCUGGGCUCGCUCCACUGGCAACUCCCUGUCAGCGGCGACCAACUGGAUCAGCAACCUGCUCGUCUCCAUGACCUUCCUCACACUGACGGAGACCAUUACCAAAUAUGGAAUGGGACCAAUGCCAUGGACCAUUAACUCCGAGAUCCACCCCCUCUGGGCUCGCUCCACUGGCAACUCCCUGUCAGCGGCGACCAACUGGAUCAGCAACCUGCUCGUCUCCAUGACCUUCCUCACACUGACGGAGACCAUUACCAAAUAUGGCACCUACUGGAUGUUCGUGGGUAUCACGUUAUUGGGCUUGCUGUUUUUCGCCAUUUUCCUUCCUGAAACAAAAGGGAAGAGACUGGAAGAGGUGGAGCAGCUCUUCGCUUCCGACUGGUGCUCGUGUUGUGGCUCUAGUAAUGUCAAAGCCAACGAUACGAGGUCAGCCCACUGCGUCAAAGGAACAGAGAUCAUUGUCAAGGUCGCCGAUGUGACCCCUAAACAGUCCAUCAAUGAGUCGGACAAAAACAGUUGACGGCCAAUUUUCAAGCAAUCUCUCCAGUCUACAUAAACUACAUCAGCAUCAAAAGUUUCUGUUGAAAGUUAAUCCAUUAUUCAGAAUGUACCAAGAAAUAACAAUAAUAUGUGACAAGCUACUUUGGUCAAAGAUAGUACAUAACAAGAUGGGCCACUUCU